UCCAUUUCCGGCUUAGGAUCAGGGUUUGGGAAGGGGCUGUCUGUGGGCACCAUGUCGGGCCGCGAAGGUGGCAAAAAGAAGCCCCUGAAACAGCCCAAGAAGCAGGCCAAGGAGAUGGACGAGGAAGAUAAGGCUUUCAAGCAGAAGCAAAAAGAGGAGCAGAAGAAACUCGAGGAGCUAAAAGCCAAGGCCACGGGGAAGGGACCCUGGCCACAGGUGCAAUUAAGAAAUCUGGCAAAAAAUAAGCUGUUCCUCAUAUCUGAGAUGAUGGUGACCCUCUUCCAUUCCUAUUUAAACAUCUGGAUUCCCUACUAUAACAUCUUUGCCACCUACAGCUAGAAUGAAGUGUUAUCUUGGAGCCUGUUGUACAUUGUAAUAAACUUUUGUAAAAAUAAAAU